AUGGCUCCUACUCCUGACCGAAUGUCCGGGCACCUCGGUCACCUUACUCCUGAUCAGGAAGCAAAGGUAAUUGAAUUCUGGAUCAUCAUCUUGACCUCUGUUGCGACUGUACUGUCUGCUGUUUAUGAAGUCCCGAUUCCAAAGGGCUCUCCCAGCAAGCUGUUUGCUGCUCUGGACAAGAUCAAUGAGCCGACGGUGGAGGCUAUCAUUAGCGCAUUCAAGGGCGAAGACACCAAUACACAGACCACGAACGGGACCGCACCGGCGGAAUCAAAUGGAGAAACCAACGGAAAUACCAAUGGGGAAAACGACUCCGACAAUAAAAAGCAGAAAUCACUCGACAAGGUGGACGCGCUUAUGAAUGAACAUGCCAAAGAUACUAUCAUUUCGGAAAUGGCCAACCGAAAGGUCACCCCUGCCCACUUCUCUUCCCUUUUCUCGCAGCUCCGAAAGCUCGGCGUGCAAGAUGCAGAGAUCAAGUCCAUGGAGGAUAUCCUCUCUAGGAUGACGCCUCAGGAAAUGUGCUUUGCGAUCUUGAAGAUGAUCAAGCAGGAAAAUCCAGAUAGCUUAUUGCUCCGGUUCUUGCGCGCCAGAAAAUGGGAUGUCGGAAAAGCAUUCUCAAUGAUGGCGUCGAACAUCCUGUGGAGAAAGGAAGUCGAGGUUGAUGAAGAGAUUCUGCCCCGGGGAGAGGAAUAUGCUCUGGAGCAAUCCCGUAGUGCCAAAGCUACUUCGAAGGAGAAGAAGACAGGUGCGGACUUUAUCAACCAACUCAAGAUGGGAAAAAGCUUCCUUCAUGGCUUUGACAGGGACGGCCGGCCUGUUAUUUAUGUUAGGGUGAAGAUCCACAAGCCAGGCGCUCAGAGUGAGGAAGCUCUUGAGCGGUAUAUUGUUCAUGUUAUUGAGGCAGUGCGACUUAUCGUAACUCCUCCGGUUGAAACGGGUACAAUUGUCUUCGAUUUGACAGGAUUCGGGUUGUCCAACAUGGAAUACCCUCCAGUCAAGUUCAUUCUCAAAUGCUUCGAAGCAAACUAUCCCGAAUCUCUGGGGCAACUGCUCAUCCAUAACGCACCCUGGGUUUUCUCCGGAAUCUGGAGACUUAUCCACGGCUGGAUGGACCCCGUAGUCGCAUCGAAAGUGCAUUUCACGAAGUCAAUCGCCGACCUGGAUAAGUUUAUCCCGCGCAACAAGAUCCCUAAAGAGUUCUCCGGCGAUGAAAACUGGACUUAUAAAUACGACGAGCCUGUGAAUGACGAAAACGCGGCGAUGAAAGACACUGCAACGUGCGACUCGCUCAUGUAUGACCGCAUGAUGAUCGGUAUCCGGAUGAUUAGUGCCACGGCGGCGUGGAUCUCUGCUAGCUCGCACUCUGAUGGGAAGGAAGAGGUGUCGAAAGUGGAGGAGCUUAAGUCGCGACGGGAUGCUGUUAUUGAUGAGUUCCGCGUGAACUAUUGGAAGCUGGAUCCUUAUAUUCGAGCACGGUCGUUCAUUGAUCGGAAUGGGAUGCUUGCGGCUAGUCGUGGACUUGAGCGGGAUGCUAGUUCAAACGGCUAG